UCCAAUUCGCUCCAUCUUCCCAUCUCCUCCACCUCCCUAAACCCUAAAAUGGCGGAGGCGGCGGCCUCGGCAAGGAGGAUAUGCGGCGUGUCGGAGAAGGCGCAGCUGCACGUGGCUAUGCUUGCCCUGCAGUUCGGCUACGCCGGCUUCCAUGUCGUGUCACGUGCGGCGCUCAAUAUGGGCAUCAGCAAGUUGGUCUUCGCCGUCUACCGCAACAUCAUCGCUCUCCUACUACUCGUGCCCUUCGCCUACUUCUUCGAGAAAAAGGAUAGGCCGCCUUUCAGUCUCUCCUUUCUCGUUCAGUUCUUCUUCCUUGCGCUCUGCGGGAUUACCGCAAACCAGGGAUUUUAUCUCUUGGGACUGGACAACACCUCGCCGACGUUUGCCUCCGCUAUCCAGAACUCCGUUCCGGCCAUCACGUUUCUCAUGGCCGUCGCCCUUAGAAUAGAGAAAGUGAGGUUGGACCGGCGCGACGGCAUCGCGAAGGUGAUCGGCACACUAGCCUGCGUCGCCGGCGCGACAGUGAUUACGUUAUAUAAAGGCCCGACCAUCUUCUCACCGUCGUCACGGCCGCCGCCGGGACUGUCGGCGGUUGCAGCUUCGGCUGUCUCGUCGUCGGCGGCGGCGGCUGCAACUUGGUUAGGAGAUGCGAAGGCUGGCAAAAGCUGGACACUUGGGUGCCUCUAUCUGAUGGGUCACUGCCUUUCGUGGUCCGGGUGGCUUGUGCUUCAGGCGCCGGUUCUUAAGAAAUAUCCGGCGAGGCUUUCCGUCACUUCCUACACUUGUUUUUUCGGCGUCAUCCAGUUUCUGAUCAUAGCCGCCUUCGUCGAGCGCAAAGCUCAGGCUUGGGCUUUUCACUCCGGGACUGAGGUUUUUACCAUUCUUUACGCUGGAUGUGUUGCAUCUGGAAUAGCAUUUGCAAUUCAAAUAUGGUGCAUAGACAGAGGUGGCCCUGUCUUUGUUGCAGUCUAUCAACCAGUUCAGACCUUUGUCGUAGCCAUCAUGGCUUCCAUUGCUCUGGGAGAAGAGUUCUAUUUAGGAGGUAUUAUUGGUGCUGUGUUCAUCAUCAUCGGUCUCUACCUUGUUCUUUGGGGGAAAAGUGAGGAGAAAUCCAUAGCUGCGAAGGAGCCAAACCAUCUGCUCUCACCUGCAGAAGAACAUGAUAUCAUAAGAUCAUCUGCGUCUGCUUCUCAUAAAGCCGCUACUUUGAAUCAGCCUCUCCUGCCUUCGUCGACCUCAGAGAGCGUUUAAAUUUCUCAAGUACUCUGCAGUGGAGAAAGUGAGCUCAAUUAACUAAACCUUAGUUCAAUUAGGUUUCAAGAGCUUUACUUCUAGUUGCUAGUACUGAGCAGUGAUGAGUGAUUAAGCUUGCAUGUGUCUGCUACUUUGUUGAAGGUGAUGCGAGUGUUUGUUUCUUUUUUGUUGGUUUGUUUGUAUUUGAUUUUUCUCUCCUUUUAUUCUGAUUGCUUGUUAAGUUGAAACCUGUAAUGGAAGUUCAAAUGGCGCAAUUUGUCUUUUAGCCCGGCAA